AUGCCGAGCGAACUGGAGGAGCUAGUCGAGUUCCUUCACCAUGGCAAUACUCAGAUCAGACAACUUGCCUGUGAGCAUUUAGUAGGGCAUUCAUCGGAUCCCUCCGUUUUCAAGAACCCCCAACUGGUUCCUAUUCAGGAUCUGAAAUUGCUUGUUCGUGACUACGCCCCUAUCGCUAAAGAUGCGCUUACGAUCCUCGUCAACAUCAGCCAUGAUGCGGAGAUACUCGAGAACCUUGCAGGAGACGAUGCAUUUGUCGAGACGUUAUUAAAGAAGAUAACUAACCCGAAAGAAACGGCUGCAGAUGAGAUUGCCAUGCUCCUCUCGAAUCUUGCCAAGUCGGAACGCUUGGAGAGGCUGAUCAGCCUCGAAAGACAGACGCCGGACAAAUCUGUAUCAACAUCCCCAUACGCUUUAGACCAAUUAUUCGAUUGUUUCGUUAAGGGUGCGGAGGGCACUCUCAACAAAGACGCCAAUUUCGAUUACCUGGCCUAUCUUCUUGCAGACAUGUCCAAGUACAAGUCUGGAAGAGAUCAUUUCCUGAGCAAAAGGGAAUAUGACGGAGUGGUGCCGAUCAGCAAGUUGACCGUUUUCACAGAGCACAAAAGCAAUGUUAGGAGGAGAGGAGUCGCGAGCACCAUCAAGAAUGUCGCGUUCGAGGUGGAGAAACACCCUUUACUUCUCGCCGAUGACUCAGAGAUGGUCGAUGGUGUCCCAGGAGUUAACUUGCUGCCAUACAUCCUGUUACCUCUCGCCGGUUCGGAAGAAUACUCAGAAGAGGAGUCUGCAGCCAUGUUGCCAGACCUACAAUUACUGCCGCCAGACAAGGAGAGAGAUAAAGAUAAUGAGAUCAUAGUCACACAUCUGGAAACCUUGUUAUUGUUGAGCACCACAAGAGAGGGCAGAGACAAAUUGAGGAGUGUCCAGGUAUACCCUUUGGUUCGAGAGACACAUCUGCACGUCGAUGAUGAGGAAGUGAAGCAGGCAUGCGAUAGAUUGGUACAGAUAAUCAUGAGGGAUGAGGAGCAAGGACCGAGGAUCGAGGAGGUGGUUGACGAUGACGAAAAGAUCGAAGAGAUAUUUUGA